CGGCGCGCCGCCGUGCCCACGAGUUGCCGGUGGCACCGCGCCGCCUCCUCGCGCUUGCAGCCCUUCGCGCUCACCCGGCGGCGGCCCGCACCAGGACGCAAGCCCCCCGAUGUGAAGCGGGAGCAAGUCUCCCCGGCUCCCCGCACGGUGUGAUCCAGAAUCUGGUUCGCAGCUCCCCCGCCAAACCCCCGUGCGGCUGAAAGAUGUGGCAGCCGGCCACGGAGCGCCUGCAGCACUUUCAGACCAUGUUGAAGUCUAAGUUGAAUGUCCUAACACUGAAGAAAGAGCCCCUGCCGGCGGUCAUCUUCCAUGAGCCGGAAGCCAUUGAGCUCUGCACCACCACACCGCUCAUGAAAAUGAGGACCCACAGUGGCUGCAAGGUUACCUACCUAGGGAAAGUCUCCACGUCAGGCAUGCAGUUUUUGUCAGGCUGCACAGAGAAGCCAGUCAUUGAGCUCUGGAAGAAGCACACACUGGCCCGAGAAGAUGUCUUUCCAGCCAAUGCCCUCCUGGAAAUCCGACCAUUCCAAGUGUGGCUCCAUCACCUUGACCACAAAGGUGAGGCCACAGUUCACAUGGAUACCUUCCAGGUGGCCCGCAUCGCCUACUGCACUGCCGACCACAACGUCAGCCCCAACAUCUUUGCCUGGGUCUACAGAGAGAUCAACGACGACCUGUCCUACCAGAUGGACUGCCACGCUGUGGAGUGUGAGAGCAAGCUUGAGGCCAAGAAGCUGGCUCACGCCAUGAUGGAAGCCUUCAGGAAGACUUUCCACAGCAUGAAGAGUGACGGCCGGAUCCACAGGAACAGUUCCUCCGAAGAGGUCUCCCAGGAAUUGGAAUCUGAUGAUGGCUGAAUGAACUUACGAUGCCUUGGCGAUGGCAGCAUGGGUCAUGGAAUUCAAAAUCUAGAUGAAGUCACGAUGAUUCCAAUUUGGGUUGCAAAGACUGCCAAACCAUUGGCUGACCAUGCUUUUUAAAUUCAGAAGAGCAAUUCUAAAUCUAAAGAGAUGUAUCAUUAAAGUAAUUACGUGACAUUGAAAUCUGCUGCUGCUCUGACUGUGAGAAAGGUGGGAGUGUGGAUGGGGAGGAAGGUUCUAGACUCUCUUCUUACUAUUCUUUUUUUUUUUUUCUCUCAUUUCGUAAUGCCUCCCUGUGGGAGAGCCCCAAGCCGAUUUCCACCACUCUCAGGCAAAUACUCCAUGGCUGUUAUUCGGAGAACCAUUCCAAUCUGCCUUACAAGAUGCAGCAGGAAUGUCAACAGCACCUGUAGGAUCCUUGGUUCAGAUGCAGGGAUGCCUCCUGAUGGUCCUGAGAGCUCCUCUCCUAUAGCAUGCCUCAGACUUUCUCCUCAGUAUGUACAUCAGCACAGACUUGAUUGAGCUUUACGACUAACGACCUGAUAGUUGGCAGUUAAUUCACAGUUAAAGCUUUUUAUGUACAUGGAUAUAUCACGUAGUAUCCUCUUAUUGUAUUCACUUCAUCUGUUUUCUUAGAGUACUUGCAACUACUAAUAACCCUUCCCUUGUCCACCCUCUCUUCCCUCCAACAUCCUGAGAAAGGUGAAUGUUUAACCUACACUGCAGGACACAUGAAGGGAUAAAGAAAACCAGCAAAAGAAACACAAACAAACAUUAAAUUCAACACAACCACAAAGACAGAAACCCUGGAGAAGGGGAGUAAGUCGUCGAGUGAGAAAGCUGUAUGUGUUCUUCCCCGCUCCUUUCCAAGGCUGUGUGAUGGGAAUGUUCAGGUAAUGUUCCCGUCGGACGAGUCCUUCAUGACAAGCUUCGAAUCUGCUUUGACAUCACUUAGGAAACUUUGCUUCAUUGAACAUUACAAAGAUGAGUUAGAUAAAUUAGACUAGAGAACCAAUGUCCACAUCUUUAUCUGAACAGAAGUUUGUGACCUUAAACUUGGCAAUCCCGUAGGGUCAGAGUUGCCCACUUAUUUGUGCUAUAAAUGCAGAAUUCUCCCUAAACCUGAGCUAUCUCAGUUUCACCAAUCUUUUAAUGUACACAUAACGAGUCACCGUUGAAUGAAGUUGAAGAUGUUAAAGUAUAUGCAUUUAAGGCCAAGGCUCAGAUGGUGAAUUCCCAAGGUCAUGCAGCUCCUCUCCUUCCAAGAAACUGUUUUCAGUCGAGGGAAUGGUAGGAGCCCUUGGGCACCUUGGAAGCCUUAAAUGAGAGUUAAUCUGGUGUAGUGAAUGGUGGUGUCAGUCUUCUGGUCUGUCCUUCUGUGUGUCUGAGUAAAUGUCCUGUGUCUGUACGUGUGCCCUCUAUUCGUGGGUCCAGUGUUCAGCAUGUGUAAUAAGCAUGGAGUCAUAUUGAGGAGGGCUCGUUUCUUGAAGAUACGCUUGUUGCUUUACAACAUAUGUAAACAAACCUUUAGCAUAAAUGCAUUCAUUCUUUAAUAAAAAUGUUUGCAGUAAUAGAACUGAGGAGUUUCUUAUUCUAUGUGUUUUUUCCAAGUAACGAAAAUCUGAAGAAAAUAGAUCAUUGAUUAAACGGGACAGUUCUCUCUCAAUAUAUAUGUAAGCUUGGUUCUAUAGUACUCGUUUCUUGACUGGGUUGGAAAGCCUUGCUGUAUUUUCUCAAUGUGCAGUCUGGCUUGUAACUGCUGCCCUGCUUUUAAGCUGAGAAGGUGACAAGCCAAAAGUUGGAAUUUGUUAUUUAGUGCGGUGGACUUACUUCAGAGGAGAGUGUUUCAGGACAUUUUGCAGACAAGUGCUAUUUACAAAAGCUCCUGAACAUCUUUGGAGAGCCUGUACUGAAAUCCUGGAAGAAAAACACUGAAUGAUCCUGUCUAAUUGGACUUGGUAAAAAUGUCUCCUGAAGGCCGUGAUUUCCCCAAAUGGCCCCAUUUAUCAAGUAAGACAAGCAGCCAGGGAGCCUGCAUGCCACAAGGAGCGCUCUUCAUUAAAUCAAUUCUUCGUGGAAUCAAUAACAAAUGUAAAGCCUUCUGAAGUGGAAAUGUGAUACCUGUAAUGAUAUAUGCUCCAGUGAGAAUGGCUACCCAGCUCUUCUGGUUGAAUGUUUCUUUCCAGUUGAACUUUUCCCAAUUUCACUUUUAUUCCACUGUCCUUGAAUCUACAUU